AUGUGUAACAGUUGUAUUGGGAGUCUGCCUUUUGAACUCCAAACUGCUGUGAAUGAAUCGUAUCCAUGGAGAAUGGGAACAUUUUUUUGUCGUUUUAGAAUAUUCUUAACCGAACUAUGUCCAUUAGUCAGCAUACUUAUAUUAACAAUAUUCAGUGCAGAAAGAUAUUUAUCAAUAUGUCAUCCAUUUAGAAAAGUUUUACGGUUUUCUCAAUUCGAUGCUGGACACUCAUAUAACCGCACUUCCUACAUGCGAAAUGUCAGCAAUAAUACUUAUUUAAGCAGUGAAAAAAUACCAAAAACACCUAAUUCAAAAGGCAAAAGAAGUACAUAUGGACAUGGUCCCAGUGAUCGGUCACAUUAUAAACGCAGUUACACGUCGUAUGCUGUUCAGAUUAAUGCACUUAAAUCAUGUUUCAUACUAAUUUUAUGUGUCUGGAUUCUAGCAGGUUGCUGUGCUACAGUAAUUGCUGGGUUGUCAAAAGUAUUUUAUGCUGUCUCCCUUCCUACAGUCGAUGAAUUCAUAAACACCACAUGCAGUUGUCAGAAAUGUAACCCAAAUAUCCUGUCUGAUCAGGCAAUUAAUUGCCUAGAAGAUGAUGAACUGUGGGCACCUGGAGAAGCCUUGACCGAUUCAUCAGUUUGUGCACCAUCUAAUGAUUCAGAAUGGGCUGCAUACAUGAGUAUUCCAGUAGUUCUUCAACUAUGGACUUUUCUGUUCUUUUUUACACCCAUGAUUAUCAUAUUUGGGAAUAAUCAAGCAUCUCGUAGUAAUUUAGGAAUUCAAUCUUCUGGAAAUGGACGAAGAGGUAUUGUAAGAAUGCUUGUGGCUAUAGUGGUUGCAUUUUUCAUCUGUUGGGCGCCAUUCCACCUUCAACGUAUUCUUACUUCUGCGAAUGUACAAAUGACUUGGUUUUUCAUUGACUUUCUUUUCUAUAUGUCCGGUUUUCUUUAUUACAUGAGUGCAACAGUGAAUCCUAUCCUGUAUAGUUUAAUGUCGGCUAGAUUUCGACGUGCAUUCUUAUCCACAUUUAGAAUAAAACGAAGUAGAUCAGAAACUGCAUCAUGUACCCAUCCUAUAGUUUCAAUGAGAAUUGUCCGGAUUAAUAAUAACACUCAAAUUUCAAGUCAGAUUGAUAAUGAACAACAGACUCCUAUUGAAAAUACCUCAUUCCUUCAACAGUCUAAUCAUGAAUUCAGUCAUCAAAAUAUUGUCGACAAAAUGGAUGAAAUAAGAAAAUAG